UGAAAGGUUGGCCAAUGGCCAUUAAAUUAAACUAAGAAUUCAAUUGAAAUGUUCGAUACUUCAAUGAAGUAUACUGUUAUAGUGAUCAUAUACUCUUACCUUACUAAUAUAAAGGCAGUCGCACUCUGCAGAAAAUGAUGUUAUAGAAUUUAUAUCCACAAUCAAACUUAAUUGAUAAAGUCAUAAAUGUUUCUUAUUAAAUUAAGAAUUUAAAAAAAGACGGAAUCGACAUCAUGGCAAGUGAAGAACAUAAGCAAUUGGCUCAUUUUUUAAAAACCGUUCACUCCACUCUAAGAAGUACAUCAGCUGCUGUAGGAAGUGAUACAGCGUGGCAUAAUCAUUGUAGUAACAAAGAAGUUUUGCAUACAUAUGCAAAGUUCAUGCAGAAGCUGGCUACCACUCACUGGGAAGAAAACUCAUCUAAUGAGCUCAGUUCGGCCUCUUCCCGCAUUAAAUGGUCUGCAGAUUUCUCAUAUGAUUACUUUGUCAACAAAUCUUUUGAAAAAUGUUCACAAAAAGAAGUAGAAAUUGGUGAAAAAAAUGAUAUCAUAAUAAAUAUUAAAGAACAAUUCUCUGAACCUUUCAAACUUCUUGAUGUUGGUAGUUGUUAUAAUCCCUUUAAAAUAUAUGAUUUCUUAGAUGUUGUAGCCAUUGACCUAUGUCCUGCUAACGAGUAUGUGAUGGAAUGUGACUUUUUACAAGUUUCAAUUGGCACAGAUACAAAUAUUGUUGAAAAUAAAGUGAAGCAAUUGCAAGAAAAUAAUUUUGAUAUUGUAACUUUUUGUUUUCUCUUAGAGUACAUUCCUACCUCGGAAAUGAGAAUAAAAGCAUGUGAAAAUGCAUAUAGGCUAUUAAAAUUUGGUGGCUUAUUAUUAAUAUGCACUCCUGACUCUAAACAUGUGGGAGCUAAUAGUAAAUUAAUGAAAUGUUGGAGACAUACUUUAGCUAAUUUAGGGUUUUCUAGAAUAAAAUAUGAAAAAUUCAGACAUAUGCAUUGUAUGGCAUUUAGAAAAUGUUUAAAUAAAGACAUUGCUGUUAGAUGGGCUGUCAUCCACAAAGAGUCAUAUAUGGAUGGCUGUUUGCAUAUUCCACAAGAUUUUUCAAAUAUUAAAAAAAAUAAUAAUAACUGUCAUGACUUCAAUAUUGAAGUCAAAGAUUUUGCAGAACUACCAUUUAGUGAUUCAUGUUUUAUAUAAUUUAAAUUAACAUUUCACAUGUUUUGAUGAGUCUAUUAAAAACUGAUAGAUCUUAGAAAAGUAUUUAAAAGUAGACUUCUGUUUAAAUUUCUUAUUUUAAUUAUACUAUUUAAUUUUUAGUUCUUAAGUAAUCAUAAAAAUCUUUAUUUAUAUAACUAAUAUAUAUUUUUAU